AUGGCUGGUUCAGAACAGCAAGGUCAGAUCAUUGAAGAUAGCACUGGUCAGAAACUAUAUAAACUUCCUAAAUAUAUCACAGAGAACCAUAAUGGAGAUGUAAUUGUUUCUGACUUGAACAAUGGUGUAGUGGUGACAGAUCGUACAAGAAGACACCGUUUCCCGUACACGGGUCCUCAUUCAGGAUCAGGAUUUUCACCACUAGGAGUUUGUGUUGACGCUUUGUCAAAUAUUCUGGUGUCUAAUGCUAAAAGCAAAAAAAUUCAAAUGAUUGACAGAGACGGUAACUUUUUAUCACUGUUCAACAAAAUAAAAAGAAUAAAUGUAUCAGGGGGUCUGGCCUAUGACAGCAAAAAUCACAUUCUCUUGGUAGGAACAACAUAUUAUAACAGCAGGAAAAGUCAAACCCAAAGGGAAAGGAACAUUCCUGCUACAUUUGCAGUCUCCCUGAAUGAUGAAAUCAACAAAACUGAUUUGAUUAAGUUACUAGGCAAAGAAAUACAAAUCACAGAGACAAAAAUGCGAGAAUCAAGAAUUGAACAGCUACUGGAACUGAUGCCUGAACCUUUGUUAAAGGAAUCUUUCAUUCUGGGAAUGGCAAGUAGACACAUUUCAUGUGCGACCAAAGACAUGCUAUGGAUUAGUGGUCCCUAUGAAAUCCUCCUGGCCAAUAGAAAAGGUGACAUUCUAGAUGCUGUGACAAAUGCAAAAAGAAAUUAUGGAGGACACUCGGUAACCCGUGAAGGGGAUCUGAUUUAUAUAGACGGACAUAAUAACAUUAAAAGAAUGCCUACAUACAACAAAAUUCCAUAUACUCUAAUAAAGAACAAAUACCCAAUGAAAGCAGAGAGUGUGUACUGUUCCCCCUCCACUGCAGACCUACUUGUUGGGAUAGUGAGAUAUGAUGAAAAUAAAUGUGUAAAUACAGAUGCCAAGGUAAUGCGGUAUGGUCAUAGAGGAAAGCAAAUUCAGGUCAUUGAACACAAUGACAAGGGUCGGAAGCUGUAUAAAUUCCCUGCAUACAUCACUGAAAAACAUAAUGAAGAUGUAAUUGUUUCUGACUUAAACAAGGGUGUAGUGGUGACAGAUCGUACAGGAAGACAUCGUUUCUCCUACACGGGUUCCUCAUCCUUAUCAAGACUUUCACCACUAGGAGUUUGUGUAGACGCUCUGUCAAACAUCUUGGUGUCUGAUGCUAAAAGUAAAACAAUUCAAAUGAUUGACAAGGAUGGUCACUUCUUAUCAAUUUUCACCAAAAAACACAGAAUAAAUGUAUCAGGGGGUCUGGACUAUGAUAACAAAAAUCAUCUCCUCUUGGUAGGAACAACAGAUUAUAACAGCAGGCUGUGUGUAUAUCGCUACAUAAAAAGAAAAGAUUAUCUCGCAGAUGAUUUAAAUGGCUAA